AUGGCUUCCAGCGACAGGAAGGCCAGCGUGGCCUCCACCAGCCAGAAGAGAAAGUCGGGCCCUAAGCCCGAACUCACCAAAGACCAGAAGCAAGAAGUCCGCGAGGCGUUCGACCUCUUCGACGCCGACGGGAGCGGCACCAUCGACGUGAAGGAGCUGAAGGUGGCCAUGCGGGCGCUGGGCUUCGAGCCCAAGAAGGAGGAGCUGAAGAAAAUGGUCUCCGAGGUGGACAAGGACGGCACCGGCAGAAUCACCUUCAGCGACUUCUUGGCCGUGAUGACCCAGAAGAUGGCCGAGAAGGACACCAAGGAGGAGAUCCUCAGGGCCUUCAGGCUCUUCGACGACGACGAGACGGGCAAGAUCUCCUUCCGGAACCUGAAGCGCGUGGCCAACGAGCUGGGGGAAAACCUCAAGGACGAGGAGCUGCAGGAGAUGAUCAACGAGGCGGACCGCGACGGGGACGGCGAGGUGAACGAGGAGGAGUUCCUGCGCAUCAUGCAGAAGGCCAUCCAGUACUGA